UCUUCUGCGACAACCGGAAGUUUUCUGUUCACCGGCUCGUGGGAAGGAACAUGGCAGAGGUCAGCCCGAGACUGUUUGGAACUGGAUUUAGCCGGCUGAUAGUUUUCAGAACCAACUUGAAUCGACCCGUAUGUGUUGACAGAGGUUCCGAGUGUCUUCUAAUACACGGUAGUCGUAGUUUAGCUCAGCAGAAAUCAACCCAUGAUCCGGUGGUGUCAAAAAGCAAGGCAACGCAAAGAACACCAAAGAAAGAUUUGAAUCAACAGACAUUUGCGACUCUGUUCGGUUCUUCUUUUGACCUGCCUUCAUCUUCUUGGAUUUGUUGUGCUGACUCUAGAAAGAGGCUACAAGCAUUUGGAACAACCUGGAGCAUAUCUACGGGUCCCCUCCAGGGGAAGCUGCUGGCAUGCAAGAUGUCCUCCUGGACAAGAGGUGUUGUUUUUAUCCACCAUGACACAUUUAGGUCCCCUCAGCAGGUCAGAGCCUUCUGCGCUGUCCUGUUUGUUCGGACAGAGAAUGAAUCAGUGGAGCUCAACUGUGGACAUCUGAACUUUCAUCCUCGUACAGUGAGAGCUUCAGCACCCACUAGAAGCUACUGCCGGAGGUCAGAGGCCCAUCUGUUGCACAGAAGCAAGACAUCCUAUUAUGAUAUCCUCAAAGUGUCCUCCGGUGCCACACAGUCCCAGAUCAAGACAGCUUACUACAAACAGUCCUUCAUCCACCACCCUGACAAGAACCAAGGAAGCACAAAGGCCAACCAUCGCUUCUCUGAGAUCAGCGAGGCAUACGCUGUGCUGGGCAACACCAGCCUGAGAAGGAGGUACGACCGGGGACUCCUGAGACACUCAGAUAUCCAAAGUGCAGGGAGACCAACUUCUAAAGAGACUAAAAGUAGAUCUACAGGCUCCCAGCAACAGCAGAGAGUCAGCCGGUUCUCCCACGUCGAUGGAAAGCCCAUAUUUGACUUUGACGCCUUUUAUCAAGCUCAUUAUGGGGAGCAGCUGCAAAGAGAGAGGGUCAUGAGAGCCAGGAGGAAGCAGAUGGAGGAGAUGCAGAAGAAGAUUAACAGUAGGAAGCAGCACACAAAGAUAGAGUUGGUCUUUGCGGUGCUGGUAAUGAUGGCAGGAGUCAUUUCUCUUAGUCUCCUCAAGCCUUGAAAUAGCAGUAAGCAGGUGCUCCAUGAGCUCCAAGGAAGUGGAGGAACGAGAUGAAGCGGCUAUGUGUCUUUGCAAGUGUUGCACAGUGUCAGAUGGUUAAUUACUGCAGUGGUUAAGCCAACUUUAAUGUUUGUAUUGGUGAGAAUUAAAGCAGCACCUCACUGUUUUAAAAA